CCGGACAUGGAGACUUUGACGUCAUGGCAGGGACUCCCUAAAAGCAGCUGUUGAAGAGUGUCACGUCGUCAGCCUCGUAGUAUCAAAAGCGUGUGAUUCUUUUCCGAAUGAAAGCGCACGUAGACACCGGCAGCGGAGUAUAUACACGGAUACUUUAGUUUUCACUUUUGCAAGGAUUCUAUGCACGUAUUUAAGAAGAGUGCGUUCACGAUGAAUGUGAGAACAUAUCCUUUAGUGGUCAGCACCCAUGCUGUGGCCCUGCUGAGGAAACUAAAUUUUCAGAGAAUGGAGGGGCAAUUUUGUGACUGUGUGAUUCGACAACAUCUGAACCCGGUGAAACUCUAUCUGGCCCACAAAAAUGUCCUGUCAGCUUCUAGUCCCGUCUUGGCUUCCCUUCUCCCCAGUAAAGGUGCACUGCUGGACUUGCAGUUUCCAUCCUCUUCAACUGAAAUUCUGGGGUCUCUUUUGGAAUUUAUCUACACUGGGACACUACCCCCACCAGAUCAGGAUGAAUCUAUUCUCUCUGCUGCUACUUAUCUGCAAAUGGAUGAACUACAGAAGGCUUUAAUAAGAAGGAGCACACUGGACACAUCAUCUGAGUCUGACUGCACUGUUGCAGAUAUAAAACCCAAUCUAAAGAGGAAAUGCUCAGAUCAGCAGCAAAACAAGAAGAAUGAACAUUCUCCAUCGCAGUGCACACCAACCCCUCUAAGUUGUGAAGUCGUCCCCGUCAUAUGCCAUGUCAGCACAACUGGAAAGCCUUCUCUAUUGUCAGAAACCAGACCUGAAAGCAGAAAAUUGAACAGUGAGUCUGACGUGACCAUAAAGGAGGCAGGAGUCAGUGAACGAAAGGUGACACUUGGUCAUGGACACAAUUUAAAGCACUAUGGAUUACAAACGGAUGAUAAUUAUGAGGCAGCUUUAUAUGAGUCACAACCAAAACAAAGCAAGAUUUUAUCUGGCAGUGCAUGCUCCAAUGUCCAGGAUCUGCCCAUGGCUGCCCCAGAGGAUGCAGCAUAUUACACAGGAAGGCGUCAGAGGGAGUUGGAUGAAAAAUCUGUAUUACAAAGUUCUGGGAAUGCCAUCCUGACACAUACUGCUGUAUGUUCAGAAAUUGGUGAGGAAGAUGAUACUGAAAACACCACAAAUCAGGAAUUUACAUCCCACUUCAAUACUUCAAGUCAUUACUCCAGGAUUCAUAGUUGUCCUCACUUAGAUAAAACUUCCAACGGUAGUGAUAACGAAGGGGUAACUACAAUAGAUCAGUUAGAGUCAAACAAAGAGAAAGGUUCUAAAUGCCACCCCACACGGCAAUUUGAAAAUAUUUCAGAUGCUGAUGAGUACAUCCCUGAUAAUGCCAUAGAAAACACCCAUAAGGGUAAAUUAAAGGAUUUAUGGAGUUCAAUGAUCACCAGUGGAUAUUGUCCCCAGGGCGACGAAACAAAAUGCUUUCAGAGUGCCUCUAGAUUAAAUCUAUGGACUGAGGCAACGAGCUACUCUACACUAAACCCCAAAAUAUCUGAGGAGGUAACAUCAAACGAGAGCAGAUGUGAUAUCAAGGGCAGUAACACUAAUACCAACGAAAUGGAAACGUAUCAAGGACAAGUUCGCUAUCACUAUCUUGCAAGGGAAAAACAUCACCCUGUACAAUCCAGUGACUCGGACGAUGAUGGUCUGUAUAGUGCCAUGGCUAACUCUGACCUCCGAGAAGGCCUUGGCAUAAAUGUCAAAGCCAGCACCUCAGAUUUCGUUUUACUGGACAUUUCAGCCAAACAUCCCUCGGCAGGGUACCCUGACUCCAAUGGGAGUCAACUGAGUGUGGGUGGGCCUGCAUCUGCCUCUGUCCAGCCUUACCAGUGCACUAUGUGUGAUAGGGCCUUCAGCCAGCGAGGCUCCCUCAACAGACACAUGCGCUCCCACCUGGGUGUUAGACCCUACUCCUGCCCCCAGUGUCCCAUGACCUUCUCUAGACAGUACCGGGUCACUGAGCACAUGCGCGUCCACCAACGGGGCUGCGAGGACCUUCAGAGGACAGGCCCUACCUGAUGGCAGCAACAAUCAAAGCAAUGGAGCUUCAGCUGAAAAUCCUACACAACUUUGGAAUUAGGUCAGUGCUAAGGCUUGUUCAACUCUAUCAAUAUCAGUUUGUGAGAUAGAGUUGAUCAGGGUUCAAGACACUUGUGAACUGUAUCCAAAACCCUUUGGGAAAGCGCUUUUGGUAUGAUAGUCUGUGUUACCAGCCAUUUGAUGAAAAGGAAAUGCUUUCAGAUGUUCUGUCACUUCGAAAACAAUUUGAGAAAGCACCUUUUGGCAUUAGUUUAUUGUCGUUUGAUGAAGUGAAAAUGAAUCAUGAAUCAUCAAGAUGGAUUUCUCUUAUACUCUUAAUAAUUUCAAGUGGCCUUAUAUUCAUGGGUUGCACAUUUCGUCACAAUAUUGUUUUGAACAUUAGUUUUAGGACAGAUGCCUAGCUGAACAUUCUACUCAAUGCAGUCUCAAUGGGUGUUGAGGAAAAUUUUGUCUAAAGUGUAUUACUGUGGCUUGGAAACACGAUGACAUUUCAAAAGGAGGCAAAUAAUUAGCAGGACAGGCCUUUGUCAUCGUUGUGAUGUCUCCAAAUUGACUUUAGAUACAGUAUAACUUUAGCUAGCUAGCUAAGAUUGAGGGGAGAGUACUGACAUUUUAGCUAGCUAACAUUAGCAUUGCUAGCUACAGUGCCUUCAGA